AUGUCGUUCUUUGGGAAGUUCAAGGCGGGAUCGGCGCAAGACAAGGCGAAUUCCACAACGCCUGUGAAGAAAGAUCCAAAUGCGCCUGCACCUACACCUCUGGAGAAGCAUCUUGCGGAUAUCACUGAUCCUAUACGAAAGGAUGGCAGUGAUAAGUUCUUUGGGUUCGAAAAUUACGGUUCGACCUGUUAUUGUAAUUCCAUAGUCCAGUGCCUCUACUACUCCGCGCCAUUUCGAGAACAUGUCAUCAACUUCCCCUCGACCGCCUUCCUCGAACAGAUACGACCUAAUGGGUCUCACGAACCUCCUCGAUCACCGCGGCUCACCUCCACGACACCAUACCCAAAUCCGACCUCGCCCGCGCGAAAAGUAGUGGUUCCCGGAUCACCACUCCCUCCAGGUCAAAAGCCUCCGGAAGAAAACAAGGAGUCGCCCGAAUACAGAAAGAAGAUGGCAUUACAGGCUGGGCCGGUGUUGGACAUGACGUCGGACAAUUCGAAUACAUAUGGCAUGGAGGAGUCGCUGUUCACAUCAAUGAGGGAUAUCUUCGAGGCGAUCAUCUCGAAUCAGUCGCGGUAUGGAGUGGUUAGUCCGCAUCGAUUUCUGGAGAUUCUGCGCAGGGAGAAUGAGAUGUUCCGUUCGGCAAUGCAUCAGGAUGCACAUGAGUUUUUGAACCUGCUGCUCAAUCAGGUGGUGGAUAAUGUGGAGAUGUUUGCGAAGCAGAAUCCGCUACCUGCUCCGCCCGCGGCAGAUGGUUCGGCGCCGGAGGAUGGGGACGGAGAGGAUUCGGCAGUCGUGCAGAGUGGGAAUACUGCACCGGCUGUGCUCGACACGCAUUGGGUGCACGAUCUAUUCGAAGGGCUUCUGACUUCAGAGACUCGAUGCUUGACGUGUGAGACCACUUCCCAGCGAGACGAAGCAUUUCUGGAUUUAUCCGUCGACCUCGAAGCACAUACAUCUGUCACAUCUUGCUUACGGAAAUUCUCCGAAGAAGAGAUGCUGUGCGAGCGUAACAAGUUCCACUGCGAUAAUUGCGGUGGACUACAAGAGGCAGAGAAACGGAUGAAGAUUAAACGACUACCGCGGAUCCUGGCAUUACAUCUGAAGCGAUUCAAAUACACUGAAGAUCUUCAACGAUUACAGAAGCUCUUUCACCGAGUUGUGUAUCCAUUCUACCUACGACUUUUUAACACGACCGACGAUGCCGAAGAUGCGGAUAGAUUAUACGAGUUGAGCUCGGUGGUGGUACAUAUCGGAGGAGGACCAUAUCACGGUCACUACGUCAGCAUCGUCAAGACUCAGGAUCGUGGCUGGCUACUGUUCGACGACGAGCUGGUGGAGCCGGUCGACAAAAGCUAUGUGAUGAACUUCUUCGGCGGCGAGCCGGUCCCGGGCGUGCAAGAUGCCAAACAGCUCGCUUGCGCAUACGUCCUCUUCUACCAAGAAACCACCAUGGAAGCCAUGCUGGCCGAGCAGGAAGCCGAAGCAAGAGCCGCAAAUCCAGCUGCUGCCGCCACGUCCGAGACAGAAGCAAAGGACACUUCCGCGAGAAACGGACAUGUGCUGCAUCCGAUGAUGACAGCCAAGACGCCUAUCGCCGAAGGUAUGGAGCAUAUGGAUCCUCUCGCUCACGCCCACACUGCGCCGCUUGCCAAUACCAGAGCUUUUGAAUCACAAAACACACCCUUCAACCCCGUCCUCCCCUCGAAAUCCAAGAAAGAACUCAAAGCCGAGGAGAAAGAACGCAAAGCCGCCGAAAAGGCCGCCGAGAAGGCUCUCAUUGAGAAACGCCGUGUCGCACAGUUGCAUCGCAUGGAGACGUUCAAGAAACAAGAGGAGGAGCUCAAGCAGGUCAUGGACAUGUCCAAGCAAACUGCCGCGGAAGAAGCCACAUCGCGAGGCGACACGCAGACCAAGACUGGACUGGGCGGUCUAGCAAGGUUCAGACCGGGGAGUAUGAGUCUGAAGCAUCGAAGCAGCAAGAGUCUCUUCGGCGGCGGCAAGGAGAAGCCUCCCGCGAUCCCGGCGAGAGAACCCUCGUCUCCCGCGGUCGGGAAUGGACAUUUUCUGCCCUCGCUAUCGACCACGACGAGCUCGACGGAGAAGACGGAGAAGACGGAUAGCAGUAAUGGUCGUGGUAGUGGACAUGAUGUGGCGAGCCCAAGGGAUGACGCACCAACCGUGCUGCCGCAAAUGGGACUUUCAAGGACUCCCACGAAUCCUACCGGUGGAGAGGUGAAGAGGAAUCGGUUCAGUCUGGGGAGGAAGAAGAGUGCUAUGAUUUGA